AUGACUUGCCUUACACCACACCUGAGGAGACAUAAGGUGACCGUAAUAGGGUCCGGAAAUUGGGGCUCUUCAAUUUCUAAAAUGGUCGCUGAAAACACAGCAGCUAACCCGGACAUCUUCGAGCCAACGGUGCAGAUGUGGGUAUAUGAGGAAAAAGUCGAAGUUCCCCAGUCCUCGAAACACUACAACAAGGAAUUGCCCAUCUGCAAUGGGCUCCAAAACCUCACCGAUAUCAUCAACCAGCUGCACGAGAACGUCAAAUACCUGCCCAACAUCACCCUACCAAAAAACCUCCAAGCAAACCCAUCCCUCGAAGACGCUGUCAAGAAUUCCACCAUCCUUGUCUUCAACCUGCCCCACCAGUUUAUCAAUAACAUCUGCGACAGACUCAAGGGCCACAUCGUCCCCUACGCUCGCGGCAUAUCAUGUAUCAAGGGUGUCAACGUGACUGCUGAUGAUGGCGUAAGCCUCUUCUCCGAAUCCAUCGGCAGUAAGCUGGGUAUCUACUGCGGGGCCCUCUCGGGAGCCAACAUCGCCAGCGAAAUCGCCAAGGAGCUCUACUCCGAAACCACGAUCGCCUACGACCCGCCCCAUAUGGACUCCAAAGCUCCCACUCCCAAAACCCUCUCCCCCGCCCCGUCCAUUGCCAACAUCAAUGUUCCCCUCCCGCACGUCGUGCACUUCGAACACAAGGACUCGUCUGGCCGGUUCUCCAAAGUAAAACUCCAGGCACUGCCCGUCGAAUACCCGCCCAUCGAUCACGGGCUGAUCAAAACCCUAUUCCACCGCCCUUACUUCCAUGUGCGUGUCAUCAGUGAUGUCGCAGGCGUGUCUCUAGGCGGUGCGCUGAAGAAUAUCGUCGCCCUAGCUGCCGGCUUCGUCGACGGGAAGGGAUGGGGUGAUAAUGCGAAAGCAGCUAUAAUGCGCGUCGGGCUACUGGAGAUGGUGAAGUUUGGCACGAUGUUCUUUGGAGCAUCGGUGAACUCGCAGACGUUUACCGAGGAGAGCUGCGGAGUUGCGGAUCUGAUUACGAGCUGCAAUGGCGGAAGGAAUCAUCGGUGCGCGAAGUUGAGUAUCGAAAGGGGGCUGAGUGUUGACGAAGUGGAGAAGCAAGAACUUAAUGGGCAGAUGUUGCAGGGGACGUUGACCUCCAAAGAGGUUAACAUGUUUUUGAAGAACAAGGGGUUGGAAGGGGAGUUUCCGCUUUUCACGGCGGUUCACCGGAUUCUGAACGGAGAGGUGCGGGUGGAGGAUUUGCCCAGUCUGAUUGAGCGGUAA